UAAUAUGUGGGAGAACAGGCAACUAACCAAUAGGAAGCUUCCUCAAGGUCAAAAGAAAACUUCCAAGCAGGAUUGACUUGAUCAAUUUUCUAGUCUUUUUAUAUAGAAGUAAAUGGAUUUAUGUAAAGACUGAGUCUUUGCCAAACUAAAGGCUCUCUCAUUUCUUUCAAUGGCACCAGCAUCUUCAAUCAAAUUCAUUGAUACUGCACUUUCUUGUACCAGCCCUUAUGCACUAUCCUACCCUGACCCUAAACAAAAAUGGCUAAUCAGAAAACACCUUCUUUCACUAAUCCAGGACUAUCCAAUUUUCACACCUUCCACCGAUACAUUCACCCACAACGAUGGCACCAGCGUGAACCUUCUGAACGCCACCGGCAAUCUCCGGGUCUCCAGGUAUACCCCUCCUAUACCUCUCACCAUUUGGGUUCAUGAAAACUACCCUUACAUGCCUCCUUUGGUCUUUGUAUUGGUAAAUUCGAUGACUCCAAUUCAUCGAGACCACCCUUUUGUUGACCUUUCUGGUUCUACCUCUUCUCCUUAUCUCCAAACUUGGCUAUUCCCUCGAUGCAACCUCACCAACCUUGUUCGUAAGCUUGUCAAGAUUUUCACUCAUGACCAUCCUUUCAUUUAUAAUUCCCCUGUUGCAGGCUUCUCUCACCCCUCCCUUGUCUCAAGGAUGGAGGCUCUUGAUCGUCUUUCGGGCAUGCUUCACUAUGAUAUGAUGGCCUUUUUGGCCAAAAAUGAAGAGGAAGUGGAGAACUUGUCUAAGUUGCAGGAAGAAUUGAUCAAGCGAGAUACUAUAACUAGAAACAUGAUCAGUAGUCUUGAACAAGAAAGGUCCAGCCUUAAGGACAAUGUAACGAAGCUGACGGAUGAAGCUGAUGUGGUAAUGAACUGGUUGAGAGUCAAUGAUGCGAACUCAGUUGCAGUGGGACGAGAUGAAAUGGAAGAGGCAUUUGAAGCUGCAGAUGAAGAAUCAAAAUUGAAGAUUGAAUGUUUGAGUGGAGAUCGGGCCAUAGAGGAUUUGAUAUAUGCAUUGGACAAGGCAGUCGAGGAAGGGACAGUGCCUUUUGAUGCAUACAUUAAGCAAGUGAGAGCGUUGGCAAGAGAGCAGUUCUACAGUAGAGCUAUGCUUGUAGAACUAGCAAAAGGUCGUCACCUUUUCAGUUGGUCCGCCUGAUAUGCAAACAACUGCUGAUCAUCAAUGGUGUCCAUUGGCCAGCACAACCCUUGAAACGAUCAUCAAGAAUUCCUAAACUUUUUAUUUUAUUUUAAUUCUCAUGCCUCACCUUGUUUCCGAGGUCAUCAGGAUAAGAUAUGAAAUGUAGAAAAUCAACCGUUUAAAAUCAAAUAAGAUAUAUGAAUUCUUGUUUGAUAA